AUGACAAGUAUCAUGGACACGGAAAGCAAGAAGCGGGCCUACCCUUUCCUCUUAUGUGCAGGUGUAGGACCCGUCGUUGCCUACACCUCCAUUGACGACGGUACAACAAGACACACAGCUGCAAGUUUUGAUGACUUCGACAGUGUUUUCUUCCGAACAGUAAAACAAAAACGGCCAGCCGUUGUUAUAACUCGCGAGCCGUCCACACUCAUACACAUCUGCAAGCACUCCGUCCGCAUAUGUAACGUAAUGCGCCGUGGCAGCGCGAUAAUCUCUCGACGUGGCUCCACGAAAACUCGCUGGUAUCAAGCUCGCGUCGAAAUUUCACGAAGACGACCACGAUCUCCAAUUGACCCAGCUACCUCGAUCGAAUGGUCUAGUACUUUCCGCUUUCAAUUUGACCCUUCUGGCUCAAUGAAUCCGAGACAAUGUUAUUUCAUCUUACUGGCUGCCGACGGACGUUGCAGUAUCAUCAAUGCUUUUGAUUUCUUCUUCUGCACAUUUCCAUGAUGUUCACUUUCUGCUUCGCCCUCUGCCUGCCUCGGAAUGGGCCGAUCGGACCGCUGGUUCGUGAGCUGUGGUUAUCGACGUUGCUCCAGGAUCUCCAUACCACAUGCACCUACUUGUCGUGAAUCCAUGGACAGCGCCUGGUCACGAUACGCCCAUGAGGAUUAUCCAAAAUAUCCGAAAAUAAAAUCGGC